AUGGGUGAGACAUUCAACAUUGAUGCUGCUUACGUCGACCUGACUUCCCCGGACGACGGCGAUAAUGAGUGGAGUGCCGAACAGACUGAGGCAGCGGCCGAGCUCUCUGUCCCUGAUGAUGCCGUGGAAUUCAACUGGUCCUUUGGCCCGAUUUCCGCAAGUCAACGUCCAACAGCACUUCCAAAGAAUACCAGCAGCUAUGACAUGACCUGUACUCCCGCAAUCGGGGGCAUAUAUGUCGGGAUCGUUAAUGGAAACUUAAAAGACGGCGUCGGUCUCAGGAUCAACCUAUACAACUUUAAGGGUGCGCUCCGGUGGUACCUCAAAAAUGGAAACGAAUUGUGGAUCCAUCACGACGUUAAGGUCAUCUUUGACGGGUACUUCGAGGGUGAUAGAAAGAUUAUCACAUUCUGA